AUGGAGAUGAUAGCUUUCCGUCAAGGCAAGAUGCGGAGUAAAUGCUGGCUGUUAGCCUCAUGUCAAGCCAUAAGCUCAAUAGCAAAGGCACUUGUCAAAGAUAAGAAUUCAAGAAAAGACAAAAUGUAUACACUCAAAGUCCAUUACAGGAUCGAGUCGAAAUAA